AUGAGUGAUCAAAACCCCUCCCGAAAAAGACGCCCCUCUGCUCCAGCUGCAGCUUCUCCGCGUGGAACAGCGGCAGAGUUGCAUAUACUUCGCGAGGCAAUCCGCAGGGAAGCCCAAGCAUUUGGAAUGGGCCUCCAGCCAGCAGAUCUCGAAUCUCCGGAUCUUCCUUCGUUCCUUAAAUUGACAGAGACCGAUGUUGAACACCAGGUUCAGACACUUGUCACAAGGGAGUCGGAUAUUCGCAGGCUUGUCGAGAUGGGAAAGAACACUAUCGAGCCAAAAUCCACAGAAGUCACCGCCAAGUCAAGCCCAACUACAGGUUCCGUCGUAUCAGCAGCAUCACCGGCAUCGGUCUGCAAAUUUUUCCUCCCAGUGAAGGGUCGUCAAGCUACCCCGUUCCCCACAAACUCGGUGGCGUCAGGCUCGCUGGCAUCAAGCAUUAGGAUUCGCUUUGCUGAGGUCGAUCAGUCACAGGAUAAGACUGUGGUACCGUCCUCGCCCUCAGUUCACGGAACCGAACAAUCUCCCGCCGGUGUGAAAACACUCGCCACCGAGUCCGAGGGUGGACCAGCUCCCGUUACCGGAGUCUCAGGUUCCCCUCCGAUCGAUGACACCGCACCAUCUCGUGGAAGUGGGAGUGCAUCAUCUUCGCGUCCAAGGUCGAGAGCUUCUACCCGUUCUAGAGCAACUUCACAGCUGCUGCCCGGUCCCUUGCCAAUGAUUCCAUCUCCAUUAAUCUCGGACUCCCUAAACGCAGUCAUAAACGUUACGAAGAGAUUUCGGGAAGUGACUCAAGCGCUUGGGUUCCGGGAUGAUGAUGCCUUCAAGGUGUGGUGCAAGCGCUGCGUUGAAUGGAGUUUUGAUGAGUUUUACAAGCCUUAUAUGAAGGAUUGGUCAAACUACGCGCAGCGUCUGAGUAAGGCAGAAGUGGACGAAGCAACCAACAUUGGUUGUCGUGCUUUGAUUGCUCUGAUUAAAGAGGAUCAGACUGGGUUUCUUGAAGGGCAUUUGAAUCGCCUUCAGCUUUUUGCGCGUUUUGCUAUUGACGUGGUGCACGAAGACGAUGACAUGCAUGCUGAAAUCCCUGAGGACAACAGCUUUCUUUGUGAACACCCGUUGGGCAACACGCAAAAAAUCCGCGGACUAAUUAUGUUGGCGGACUUCUUGCUCGACUGCCGUUUUGUGGAGGCGACGACGAGACGUAAGUACUUUGCGGCGUCAGCCAGGGCGAGUGCACGCAGAAACUCUGAUGAGGAUUCUGUUAAAGACGAUGACGAUCAGAAAGGCAAAGGCAAAGAUGUGAUAAGCCCGAGGGAGCACUUUGCGUCUGUGGCGAGGGAGAAGGCACAAGCCUCGUUGAUGGAUAUAUCCGGCGGAGAGAAGUGA